AUGAAAUUUUUACAGGUAAGACCGAAACUAUACUAUGCUCCAGAAUGGGAUUUGGAAAAGCGUCAUGAUGGUGAGGAGGGUGAAGCACAUCCAAUGCUUGGGCUGAGUGUUAUGACUCCUGAGAAAUGGAACUAUUAUAACAAGGUUGUUUGGCCACCGAAUUAUAUCAGUCCGGAAACCGGUUUGCCACUUUUGAGGCAAGUAUAUUAUUGCCGUGAAUCGAUUCACUGUAGUCCGAAACGAAUGUUCAUGGCAUGUCAGCUUGCUUGGCGUUUAAACGUUGACGAAGCCCUGGAACAACUAAAGCUACAGCGGAAAAAAGCUUGUAUGAUUUUGCGGCAGGCACUAAUGGAUGCGAAAAAGAAAGCUUCCACGGAGAUUCACAUUGAAUUUCCAUCCGAUAUGCAUGUUGCUGAAGCAUUCCCGGUACAAUCCGAGAUUGUCAAAGGUCGAAGAGAAUUUUUGACUAAAUUAUUUUUAAUUUUUAAAAAUUUGUUUUACAGACUCGAAGAAGGUGAUGGUCCGGGCAUGAAAAAUAGAUGGGUACCGAAGGAUGGCUGGGACAAAAUGAACGAUUAUUACAAGUAUUUGAGGGAACGCACCAUCGAAUAUUCGAUAUAA